UUUCCCAAAUUGCCAAGGGAAGACGAAGAAGGAUUUGAGGCAAAACCGUCCUGUGUUGUGUUGGGUUGGUCAAAUCAAAAUCAAAAUCAAAAUCAAAAUCGGAAUCUUUAAUGGUAUCAUCAUUUUUAACUUAGUGCCGUUUUCGGUGACUCGCCGGUGGCCGGUUCAAAAUUCCCAUUUCUUGAGCUUUCAGUAUUAUGAAGAGCAACAACAACACCACCAAUGGAUUCAUCCCUUCUUCUUUCAAGUUCAUAGCUUCUCGCAUUAAGACCGCUUCUUCCGCUUCCCGUUCUUCCCAUUCCAACAAGGAUCAGGUGCUUUGGGCUUGCUUUGACAAGCUAGAACUUGGUCCCUCUUCUUUUAGGAAUGUUCUGUUACUUGGUUAUUCAAAUGGCUUUCAAGUUCUUGAUGUGGAAGAUGCUACUAAUGUCAGGGAGAUUGUCUCGAAGCACGAUGAUCCGGUUUCGUUUUUACAAAUGCAGCCCGUCCCUAAGAAACCUGAGGGUUCUGAAGGAUUUAGAUCAUCACAUCCUUUGCUCUUAGUUGUUGCUUGUGAUAAGUCAAAGAUUCCGGGUCCAGUGCAAAAUAGUAGAGAUGGAUUUGUCAGGGAUCAUGCUGAACCUCAAGCUGAGAAUGUUUUUGGUUCAGCUACGGCUGUUAGAUUUUACUCGCUUAAGUCUCAUACCUAUGUUCAUGCUCUCAGAUUUCGUUCCACAGUCUACAUGGUUAGAUGUAGUCCUAAAGUUGUGGCUGUGGGUCUUGCUAUGCAAAUAUACUGUUUUGACGCACUUACGCUUGAGAGUAAGUUCAGUGUCCUGACUCAUCCUGUACCUGAGUUGGGUGGCCAAGGAGUGGUUGGGGUUAAUAUUGGGUACGGUCCCAUGGCUUUAGGGCCCCGGUGGUUGGCUUAUGCUUCUAACAGUCCUUUGCUGUCAAAUAAAAGUCGACUAAGUCCUCAAAGUGUGACUCCUCCUGCUGUCAGCCCAUCAACAUCUCCCAGCAAUGGAAACCCAGUAGCCCGAUAUGCCCUGGAAUCCAGCAAGCACUUGGCUGCUGGGCUCAUCAACCUCAGUGACAAGGGGUACAGAACAUUGUCUAAAUACUAUCAGGAUCUUAUGCCUGAUGGAUCCAAUUCUCCGGUUUCAUCAAAUUCAAUCUGGAAAGCUAGUCGGUUUACCCCACCUACCCCUGAAACAGAUACCACCGGUGUGGUUGUUGUGAAAGAUUUUGUUUCUAGAGCUGUUGUGGCUCAAUUUAAGGCCCAUACUAGUCCAAUAUCAGCUUUGUGUUUUGACCCAAGUGGGACACUUUUGGUCACAGCAUCAAUUCAUGGAAACAAUAUCAAUAUAUUUCGGAUUAUGCCAUCCUCUUCACGGAAUGGAUCAGGUCAUCAAAGCACUGAUGUGAGCUAUUCUCAUGUCCACCUAUACAAGCUCCACCGUGGCUUGACAUCAGCCGUCAUACAAGAUAUUUGUUUUAGCCAUAUGAGUCAGUGGGUUGCCAUUAUUUCUUCCAAGGGCACUUGCCAUAUUUUUGCUCUUGCCCCUUUCGGUGGUGAGACAGUUCUUCAGAUACAUAGUCAUGACACAGAGGGGCCUAUUCUCUUUCCAGCGUUGUCACUGCCAUGGUGGUUCACUCCACAUUUCACUGUAAACCAGCAACAAUCUUGCCCAGCACCUCCACCUCCUGUUGUCCUCUCUGUGGUUAGCAGAAUAAAAAAUAAUGCUGGAUGGCUCAAUAUAGUUAGUAAUGCUACAUCUUCUGCAGCAGGAAAAGUCUGCAUUCCUUCUGGUGCUGUUUCUGCAGUCUUUCAUAGUUCCAUAUCCUGUGAUACGGGCAACACGACGUCUAAUAUUCAUGCUCUGGAGUAUUUAUUGGUAUAUGCCCCGUCUGGUCAUUUAAUUCAAUAUAAACUACUUCCAUCACUCGGGCCAGAGCCUAGUGGAACUGUUCCAAGAAUGGAUUCUGUUCCUUCGGCACAUACAGAAGAAGAGAAUUUAAGAGUUAAAGUUGAACCAGUUCAGUGGUGGGAUGUCUGUAGAAGAAAUGAUUGGCCAGAAAAAGAGGUGCAUAUAGUAGGGAAUAAUCUUGGUCUUGAAGCUGCAGAAAUUAUCUUGGGAACUUCAGAUCGUGAAGAUAAUAAUGUUGGAAACAAUAAUUGCAUUAAAUUCAAUGACCAAUGUCACUUUUCAAAUGCAGAGGUACAAAUAAACUCUGGGAGGAUACCAAUAUGGCAGAAGUCUGAGGUAUCUUUCUUUGUGAUGAGCCCUUUGGUGACCAAGGAGCUGAUUUUACAUGAAUCUAGUACCAGUGGAGAGAUUGAAAUUGAGAAUAUUCCUAUUGAUGAGGUUGAAAUAAGGCGGAAGAAUUUGUUGCCUGUCUUUGACCAUUUCCAUCGGGUUGACAGAGGUAUUGUCAUGGGAAGAAGUUCUAGCUCGUCGUCUGAUUCUCAUGGAGCUGAAGAGAAGUUUUCUGGAGAUGCUGUACUUUCCCAUUCAAAGUUGAAGAUACCUGGCUCAGCUUUGAAGGCAGAUGCUGGCUUGUCAGGAUAUUUUUCUUCAUCAAUUGACUCAUCUGGAAGUGAUAUUAAUGUAAAGAAUAGAGAGGAAUACGUGUCGGAAUCACCCCUUCCAAGCCUGAAGACUGUUAACAUGGAUGACAUUGCAGCAGGUGGCUCACAAGUGAAUUCAUCAAAAGGUGGCAAAGCUAAUGAGAGUUUAAAUUCAAGUUUUAAUGGUUGUAACUUGAAUAUGAACGUUACACAUGAUGGGCUAGUCCAUGACUCGCCUGACUUUGGGCAAAUUUUUCAAGAGGAUUAUUCAAAAGCAUCAAUUGGCUGUCCUGAAUCAGCCGAGGUUGUUUCUGAUGAGGAAUGUAGCAGUCCCUGUGUGAGGGAGAAAUCAGAGGAAGAUGGUGAUGAUGAUGGCAUGCUUGGUGGUGUAUUUGAGUUCUCUGAGGAAGGUUAAUGGCUGCUUUUUUUUGGUGCUUGCCUUUCUCUUGAAGUUAUUGUGAGUUGGUGGUGUAAAGGAUUUCUUUUAAAUUGACAAAUGUGGGUGAUUUCCUUGCAACAAGCUAAUUGCUACUGACCAUUGAUUGAAGGGAUUUUAAAAUUUCUAAUGUUCUCACACAAUGUUCCUUCCUUCCAAGGUGAAUGAUUUUCUUGUGAUUUCGAUGUAAAUGUUGUAUAUUAUUUGUCAGGGUACUGGCCAGAUUCUUCAUAUGUUUCUAAAUGUAUUCUUUCCA